UCCCUCUCUCUCCUCUCCUCUCCUUAUCAUCAAAAACUGCUCUCAGCUCCGAUCAGCCUUUUCAAAUAAAAAUGUCCGAUAACCGAUCAUCAGCAAAGGUCGAUUCUUCCGGAGAGUUAUCAGAUGUUGAUAACGAAAACUGCAGUAGCAGUGGAAGUGUCGGUGUCGGCGAGACGAAGAGGACUUGCGUUGAUUGCGGAACACUCCGAACUCCUCUUUGGCGUGGUGGCCCUGCUGGACCUAAGUCAUUGUGCAAUGCUUGUGGGAUCAAAAGCAGGAAGAGGAGGCAAGCGGCUCUCGGAAUCAAACCAGAAGAGAAGAAGAGAAGCAGAAAAAGCAGUAGCAGUGAUAGUGAUCUCAGCUUUGAAGAUCGAAACGUCAAGAAAGCUGAUGAUGAUUCGAGUGGAAUUAAUAGUAGCAGCGAAGGAGUGAGUAAGUAUUUGGAUUUAGGGUUUAAAGUUCCUGUGAUGAAGAGAUCGGCGGUUGAGAAGAAGAGGCUGUGGAAGAAACUCGGAGAGGAAGAGAGAGCCGCUGUGCUUCUCAUGGCGCUCUCUUGUGGCUCUGUUUAUUCAUAAGCGAUGAAUAAAUUGAAGUGUGAGGUUUUGAUUAAUUAAUUUUAAUUAGAUAGAGAGGGGAAAAAUGUGUAUGAGUGUGUAAUGGUUAGUGAUGUCUUUUUUUUUUUAUUUGGUUCCCACUAAUGUUAUGUGUUCAUUCGCUAAUGAAAUUUCAGUUUUGAGAGAGCAAGAC